AUGGCACCAGUCGCCGUAGCUUCUGAAUCCCCGGUGUUCAACACCAAGCGUGACGGACAGGCUCUCGAGGAGCUGUCGGACGCCAUCGACAAUGUCAAUGUCCUCAAGGACAACAUGAAGAAGCAGGAGAAGGGUCUGUACGAAGAGUCUGAGUUCGACAAGAACAAGGACAAGACCAAGUUCCGUCAGUACGAAGACGCCUGCGACCGCGUCAAGAACUUCUACAAGGAACAGCACACCAAGCAGACCGUGGCCUACAACCUCAAGGCCCGCAACGAGUUCCACUCCAAGACCCGUGCUGAGAUGACCAUCUGGGAGGCGAUGGAGAAGCUCAACACCCUCAUCGACGAGUCCGACCCGGACACCAGCCUCUCCCAGAUCGAGCACCUCCUACAAUCCGCCGAGGCCAUCCGCCGCGACGGCAAGCCCCGCUGGAUGCAGCUGACCGGUCUCAUCCACGACCUGGGCAAGCUGCUCUACUUCUUCGACGCCCAGGGCCAGUGGGAUGUCGUCGGAGACACCUUCCCCGUCGGCUGUGGCUUCGAUGAGCGCAUCAUCUACGGCCGCGAGUCCUUCAAGGACAACGAGGACUUCAACCACCCCAUCUACGACACCAAGUUCGGAAUCUACAGCCCCGGCUGCGGUCUCGACAACGUCAUGCUCUCCUGGGGCCACGACGAAUACCUCUACCACGUCGUCAAGGACCAGUCCACCCUUCCGGACGAGGCCCUCGCCAUGAUCCGCUACCACUCGUUCUACCCCUGGCACAACGCCGGCGCGUACCACGAGUUGAUGAACGACCACGACAAGGAGAUGUUCAAGGCUGUCAAGGCAUUCAACCCAUACGAUCUGUACAGCAAGAGCGACGAUGUUCCCAGCCCCGAGGAACUCAAGCCAUACUACCUCGACCUGAUCGACGAAUACUUCCCCAACAAGGUGAUCAAGUGGUAG